AUGUCUGGCCUCGAGAUAGCCGGUCUUGUGCUGGGUGCCUUGCCUCUCGCCAUUGAGGUCCUGGACAGAUAUGGCGAAGUAGCCAGGCGCAUUGAUGUCUUCUUCAAGAUCAGAACGGAAUACCAGGAAUGGCGUCGGCAACUGAAAUACAAUAACCUGCUCUACGAAAGAAAUCUGAAAGAGCUGCUUCUUCCUCUCAUGAUCGAUGACGAAACGGAAAAAGACAAGAUCCCCGAACUCAUCAAGGAUCCGUUUGGGAGUUGGUGGACCGAGCCCAAGACAGCCCGCCUUCUGCAGGAACGCCUAGACGAUGGCUAUGAGGUGUAUAUGGAUUGCAUUCAGGUGAUAAAGCAGGUUAUGGAAGACAUCGUUCAUGAGCUUGCUUUGGGUCACUCAUCAGUUCAGAGCAAGAUCACUACACCUGGAGAGGCUACAAUGAUUGCACGGUUGAGAGACAGUGACAAUCGGUCGUUCCAAAGAUUCAGAUUCAAGUUCGCCGUCAAGGGCCAGGAGAAGCGAACCCGUCUGUUCAGCAAAUUUGAAGAUUACAACAGAAAACUCCGAGACCUUCUCGAGGGCAGCGACAAACUCAGAGAUCUCUCCGUUCAAACUCCUGUUACCGUUCAGCCAAAAGCUGCCGCCAUCGAUACUGCGCUCUGCAAAUUUUGGGUAAAAGCCGACAAAUUCUUCAACGCCAUUGCCUCAAGCUGGAACUGCCGAUGCAACACCCACUGUGCGAAUCUUCUUUUACGACAUCGGAGCAAUGCUACGCCCGAGUUUGAGGUCCUGUUCACAAAAGAACAGCCGUCUCCGGCAACAUGGAAUGCCCGAAAAACGAAGAUUGUUGGGAAACAGGGUGUCAACUCCGAGCCGGAGGAGGAGGCCAAAUCCCGGAUAAGUUUGCCGAUACACACGCCAUCGCACAAGGACAUCCGUCCACUCAAGUCCGCACUGGGGAAACCCGAAAAAAUCAAGAGGCAAAACCGCAAUGUUCGCGGGGUUCCAGUGAGUCAAGCAGUUGUAUCCACAACAACAGUAACGCUCGUAGAAGUAAAGCAAGAAGACAAAACCGCCAUCACCUCCACCGUUUCCACACAGACUACAACCUCAAAGCAGAUCAUCCACUGUCUCUGCACCGCCCUUGAAGCACCAGCCUCACCCGGAAUCCAAGGCGAGCCCAGCUACGGCUACCUCAUCAACGACGACAUCUCAUACCACAUCUACGACCUUCCCUACGAACCCACCACCCAACAACACACCGCCAUCACCCUCCAAAAUAUCAUCGACGGAGAUCUCUUCCACAUCCUCGAGCGCAAGCAACGAUACUCCAUAGCCCUUACCAUCGCCUCCUCCUUCGUCCAGCUUCUUGACUCUCCCUGGCUUCCCACCACCCUAACCAAAACCGACAUCAUCUUCCUCCGAGACUCGACUUCAGAAGAUGACGAUUACUUCCUCGACGAGGACGAGCCGGCUUUUUUGAACGAACCUUAUGUUCAACAGAAACUCACCGCCACAAUAACCCCAAACAAGACAAAACAGGAAACAGUACCAAUAGGCACAUCCCUCGACCAACUAGGCAUCAUCCUCCUCGAACUCUGCUUCGGCAAGCGCCUAAAAGAUCAGCCCUGCCGGCGACGGUAUGACGCCAAGUCGCCCGCGACCAAUGACCACGUGCGGGCGAUUUAUGACGUGGCUGCGGCGAGGGAUUGGCAGCGUAAAGUCCAGGGGGAGGCGGGGUCAGAUUAUGCGUCUGCGGUGGAUUGGUGUUUGGGGGGGAACAGAGGGUGUAGUGGCAAUGACAAGUCGUUGGAGAAGUCCAUGUCGGGAAGGUCAGGAAAUGGGGCGAAGGGGGCGGUGGAAAGAUGGAGGAAGGAUAUGCUCAACAAUGUAGUAGGGCGGUUGAAGUCGUCUGUUGACUAUUUGGCAGGGAAGGGGGUGGAGGAUUGA